AAAUCCUCCCUUUUUACCAAACUACCCCUAUCAUAGUAUCAUCUUCCUAAAACUGAGCAAGGGUAAUCUCGUCAAAUAAACGGUUACUCCCUCACCAAAACUCAAAAUAAAAGUCAUUUCCACGUCGUAUAUCUCCGACACAAAAUCACAAAAAUUCCAAUUUCUCCCUCCAAACUCCACAAAGUCUAACCACCUCUAUUUUGACCAUUUUCUCUCUCCAAAUUCGUUUUUUAUGGAACUUUUCCGUCAAUGCGAUUGUAAAACCCUAGAAAUCGAUCGCGAAGAACUCUACUUUUGACGAUACUUUCACUUUUCCGGCCAGAUUUGUUCCAUUUUCCGAUGGAAAUUCCGGCGAGAUUGAUGAUUCAAAUGGCGUUGGAUUCACUUGUGCCGUCGUUGUGGGAGAUUGAAGUUACUUUUGCUGCUGCUGCUUUUGUGAUCGCCGCUUACUGGUACUUCACUCUUGGAGAUUGUAAAACCGGUUUUAGUGAUGGUAUUGCUUCUGGCGGUAUUGUUGAGGAAAAAGACAAGAUUGGCCGGCUGAACAGUGAUAUGCAAACGCACUCAGGGUACUUGAUCAAGGUUGGGCUGUUGGCAGCAAAGAACCUUAUUGCUGCCAAUCUCAAUGGCACAUCGGAUCCUUAUGCUAUUGUUACUUGUACUACGGAGAAAAGAUUCAGUUCAAUGAUACCUGGUUCAAGGAAUCCCAUGUGGGGAGAAGAGUUUAACUUCGUUGUUGAUGAGUUACCCAUCCAGAUUACUGUGACAAUAUAUGACUGGGAUAUAAUCUGGAAAAGUGCGGUGCUUGGUUCAGUUACAUUAUCCGUGGAUUCUGUGGGUGAAACUGGUGCAGUAUGGCAUCCACUGGAUAGCUCUUCAGGAAUGGUAUGUCUUGAUAUUAAGACUAUUCCUUCAAACACUUCCAGGGUUUUGAAUGGCUUCGGCGGAGGAAAUGCUCGUAGGAGGGUUUCUGUGGAUAAACAAGAGCCCAUGGUGGUUCACCAAAAACCUGGGCCUUUGCAAAUGAUUUUUAAUCUACCUGCUGAUGAGGUUGCUGAGCAUAGCUAUUCUUGUGCGUUGGAGAGAUCAUUUUUGUAUCAUGGUCGUAUGUAUAUUUCUGCAUGGCACAUUUCCUUCCACUCAAAUGUGUUUUCGAAGCAAAUGAAGGUUAUUAUUCCCUUUGAAGACAUAGAUGAAAUUCGAAGAAGCCAACAUGCUGUAAUUAAUCCUGCUAUCACAAUUAUUCUUCGCCUAGGUGCUGGUGGGCUUGGUGUACCACCUUUGGGAAGUUCUGACGGAAGAGUUAGGUACAAAUUUGCAUCCUUUUGGAAUCGAAACCAUGCCUUGAAGACAUUGCAGCGUUCUGCAAAAAACUUUCUCGCAAUGCUAGAUGCUGAAAAGAAGGCAAAGGCACUGUCAGAACUUCGUGUACAUAGUAGUUCCAAACGUGCGGGUCAAAAGAAGCCUAAAAUUCUUGAAGAAAAUGUACCCAAGACUGAUACGUUCCAGCCAUUUGUCAAGGACGAAGCCCUAGUUAGUAUAUAUAAUGAUAAGUUUCCAUGCACGGCUGAGCAAUUUUUUAAUUUAUUGCUGACUGAUGAUUCUAACUAUACAAACGAGUAUCGUUCAGCCCGAAAGGAUUCUAAUGUUAUUAUAGGGAAGUGGCAUGCGACAGAUGAGUACGAGGGUUUAGUCAGAGAAUUGACUUUUCGUUCUUUAUGCAAGAGCCCCAUGUGUCCCCCAGACACAGCAAUGACAGAGUGGCAGCAUGUAGUUUUAUCACCAGAUAAGACCAUUCUGGUGUUUGAAACAGUGCAACAAGCGCAUGAUGUUCCAUUUGGGUCUUAUUUUGAGGUGCAUUGCAGGUGGCAUCUUGAGACUUUGUCUGAUUCAUCCUCUACCAUUGAUAUAAAAGCUGGUGCUCAUUUUAAGAAAUGGUGUGUGAUGCAAUCAAAAAUUAAGUCUGGGGCCAUUGAUGAGUAUAAACGAGAGGUGGGCGUGAUGAUACAAGCGGCUUGCUCGUACAUAGAUACUAGGAAUAGCUCCAAUGCGGAUGACCAUAUUUCUCAAAUGUCUUCUGGUUUACAAGAAAGUGCGUGAGUUGAAGCAAUUUUACUUCACUGGUUUCUUCAUUUUUGGUCCUGGUAUAUUGGUAUUUAGCUCUGUACAUAGUUUGUCUUUACACACUGCACUUUUUUUUUCUUUCUUUUUUUUUUUUUUUUUUUUUUGCGUUUUCAUGACUUUUAUUUUGUACCCAUAUUUAUUGGAUAGCAUUAUAGAUGUGAAUUCGCCCUGUUUCCUUAGCAACAAAGCUAAUUGGCGACGGUGGUGGCCCUUGUAAGCUUGUAACCCUCACCUUGUACGUAGACCGAGGAAUUAUUAUUUUUCUUGUAAUUAGGGAAGAAAUGCAACUAUAAGUUGUUUAUAUCUAUGUUAAAGAUGGUUAUUCGGCAA